AUUGCGCAGUUUGAGACCGACGUGUCCGAGAUAAAGCAGUUCUGGCAGUCGGACCGCCAAAAACACCUCAAGAGACCGUACUCGGCAGAAAAAGUUGCCGCUAUGCGCAGCUCCGUGCACAUCGACUAUGUCUCGUCUGUGCAAGGCAACAAGCUGUGGCAGCUGCUUAACAAGCAUCGCAAGGAAGGCACGCCUCUACUCACGUUUGGCUGUGUCGACCCGGCCACCGCGUCGCAGAUGUCCCGUGCCGGAAUCGAGGCCGUGUACGUUUCAGGUGGUGUGUCUGCUCUGCAAGUGGCAGACGAAAUUGGCCGUGACCACGCGGACUAUCCGAGCGACACGGUGCCGAAAGUUGUGGCGCGGCUUUUUAAAAGUCAGUUAUUUCACGAUCGCAGACAAAAGUCCUACUAUCUCGGCCGCUCUCCCGCCGAGCAGGCAGAGAUCCCCAUCUACGACUAUCUGCUGCCAAUGGUGGCCGACGGCGACAUGGGCUUUGGCAGCGUCACGGCUAUAAUGAAACAGACCAAGAUGUUUGCGGAGGCCGGCACGGCAAUGGUGCACUAUGAUGACCUGGCCAUCGGGCUCAAGAAAUUCACCGAGAAAGUGGGCCGUACUGUCGUCCCGCUAAGCGAGUACCUACGCCGGCUGACCGCGGCACGGUUCCAGCUGGAUGUGCUAGGAUCCGAGAUGCUGCUCAUGUCACGCGUAGACUGCUACCACGCCGAGUUCAUUACGUCCGUGGUGGACACGCGGGACCACAAGUACGUGCGCGGGGCCACGGUAGCAGGGGUCGAGCCAUUUAUCCGCGCCAUGAACCGUGCUCUCGAACGGGGCGAGGAUGCUGCUGAGGCGCGUUCUCGGUGGCUCCAACAGGCCAAAGUUAUGACGUUCCCGGAGGCUGUCAAGCAAGUGGCCACGGCAGAGGAGUAUGCAGCCUUCUGCCGCCUUUUUGAAUCCCGUCCUGCGCCAAGCUUGAACGAGAUGCGCACUUUUGCCGAAAAAACGGUGGCCACCAAAAUUUACUUCGACUGGGACGUGGCCCGCACCAGCGUCGGACAGUACCUGUACAAAGCGUGCCCACAAGCAGUUAUAGAGCGCGCUGUGGCUGCCAUGCCGCUCACAGACACCACGUGGGCGCGCAUGGACACUCCGGUCUGGCGCGAUAUCGUCGAGAUCCAUACGGCUCUGCGCGCCGUCGACAGCGAGCGCUGUUUUGGGUUCGGCUUCACGGGAAGUUUCGAUUACGAAGCGGCAGGCUACACAUGGCAGGAGGUAUGUGAGCUGCCCGUGAAACUUGCCAAAAUGGGUAUUGUGUUCCAGACACAGCCGAUUUUUGCGCUCCAGGGCGUCAACAUGUACGUGUACGAGUUUGCACGGAUGUUCAAGAAGGAAGGUAUUGCAGGUUAUGUACGUGACGUCCAGCGGCCGUCGCUGGCGGGUGGUCACGACCACAGCGGCACCCCGUGGGGCGGAAACUACUUUGCCGACGAGUGUCUGAACGUGGCCAAUAGUAUGGAUAUAACUAUGAAUAACUAAAUCACC